CUGGUCAUCAAUACAAGAAAGUGCUUUUCAAAGGGUGAAACAAGAGUUAACAUCUCUACCAAUACUGGCAAAAUAUGAUAUGUCUCUUCCUGUGGGACUAGCCUGUGACGCAAGUGAAAAAGGCUUAGGAGUAUGUUUGUUCCAAGUGACAGAAGGGAAGAGCAUCCAGUGGCGUAUGCGUCAAAGUCUUUGACAAAAGCUGAACGAAACUAUUCUCAGAUAGAAUUGGAAGCAUUAUCCAUAAUAUUUGGGACUAGAAAAUUUUGACAUUUCCUACUGGGUAGAAAGUUUGUUGUCAGAACUGACCAUCGACCAUUACUGACAGUUUUUGAUCCUACCAAACUGACAACUCCUACCCGAACAAGUGGGCGCCUUGCUCGCUGGGCACUCCAGUUAUCACAGUAUGACUAUAAAAUUCAAUACCGGCGAUCAGUUGAACAUGGGAAUGCAGACUGUCUAUCCCGUCUCCCAGUUGGACACGACGAGGAUUUUGAACAGACAAAUGAAUACGAAGAUCAGUCAGAAAGAUAUAUAGCCGCGAUGGAAUCUCAAUUCAUCAAAGAUGGACCAAUUCUCUUUUGAUCAACUACAACGAUAUACAAAGCAGGAUCGCACUCUUCAACAAGUUAUGAAAUUUGUCAAUGACGGCUGGCCUUCAACAGUUAAGACCAAAGCUCUUUUGGAUUUUGUUGCAUGCCAGCAUCAGUUGUCAGUGUGUGACGGAUGCAUACUAAAACAUGCAGAAGAGCCUAGAAUAGUGGUUCCAAAAGCAAUAAGGGAGCAGUUACUAUCAGAAUUGCACAAAGCACACGUUGGUAUGGAGAGGAUGAAGAAACUUGCACGGAGGUUCAUAUGGUGGCCAGGCAUCGAUAGAGAUAUAGAUAGUAUGGCCCAAAAUUGUGAAAAUUGUGCUGUGCAUGCUGAUAGACCACCAGAAGUACCCUUACAUUCAUGGGAGUUUCCUGAGUGCCCUUGGGCAAGAAUUCACAUUGAUUUUGCCGGAUCAUUUUGCAAAAAAAUGUGGUUUGUUGUGGUCGAUGCGUUCUUAAAAUGGCCUGAGGUAAUACAGCUACCUGAGGGAGCGACUUCAGCGAGCCAAACCAUUACUCAACUUCGUCGCAUCUUUGCAAGGUUUGGUAUUCCGAAGCAAAUCGUGUCAGAUAAUGGGCCCUAAUUCAUGUCGUCAGAAUUUAGAACUUUCUGUAAGAAACAGGGUAUUCGUCAUACCUUAGUACCUCCCUACCAUCCCCAAAGCAACGGGCUAGCGGAACGUUUUGUUAAAACGUUGAAAGGGGCAAUCAAGAAAGGCAUGGAGAGCGGAAAGGCAAGUUUGGAAGAGGUAGUGACAGAUUUUUUGUCAGUCUACAGAAAUACCAGCCAUAGCACUACAAAUGUUUCUCCAGCAAGGCUCCUGAUGAAUAGAGAUCUGCGAUGUCAACUAGAUUUACUAAAGCCGCCACAAAAGUCCUCAGUGUUGAUCAAGACUUUGAAGGAAACGGUGAAAAAGGCUCAAGCAAAACAAAAGCGAGGUCACGACCAAAUAGCGAGUGAGAGAAAUGCAAUUAGACCCUAUGAUAUGGUGUUGGUACAUCAUGCAAAGAUGCCAAAGUGGAGAAACGCCAGAGUAGUACAAGUAUUGGGGGAGAGGUAUUAUACAGUACAGUAUACAGACACGGGAGUAAGACAAAAGGUUCACGUGGAUCACUUGAGACUGCACCCACGGUCAAAUCAACUACCAACCCAGCAGCUAGUACAAGAUGAACCAGAUCUAGAGCCUAGAGAUGUCGCAGGCAGCAAUAGAGACAACAAACGAGAGGAUCAAUUUAGCAGUGACACAGAGCCUGAAUCCUUAGACGAUGGUACUGAAGACGAGUUGAGUGCGCCUGAAGUUGCCACAGGAGUAGAGCAGCCAAGAAGGAGUCAGCGUACUACAAAGGCGAUACCACCUACAAGAUAUGGAGAAUGGACAAUGUAGAGAGGCUAUAGAACUGAUAUAAUCAUAGUGCUGUAAAAUUUGUGUUUUGCGUAGAAAGGAGGGAGAUGAUGUGGCAUUUGGGGUUUCAUAGGCGGGGCAGCUCAGUCAUUUGGAUAGCCGGCUAACGGAUACAUGUUUUUUUUGUUGUGUCCCUUGUGUUUAAUUACAUUUAUUCUUACCAAUCUUUGAGUCUUAUGCUACAGUGAGGCACUUGAUUUUUUGGUAUCAACUUAAAUUUUUAAUCCUAUUGAAUGAAAUCUAUUGAAAUGGUUUCAAUUACGUACUACACUUUAAAUACUUUGUGCUGUAUUGUACCAGCUAUUUGCCUGUUGAUCAGGUGAUGCAUAUUCAUAUAUAGUGUAAGGAAACUUUUUAACAUGCAAUCGGACCUGCAAGAGUGAAAAUGGAUACUUGGGUUGCAUGCAUGCCUAGAUAGAUGAUUAGGUCUAUCUAAGUUGAGUUUCUGUUAAUUAAACUAUCUCUCUGGUUUUUCUCUUACAUUUUUUAUUAAUUCCAUGCCAAGAACAUGCAGGCACGUCAACUAGUAUAGUGUAGAUGAUGGUGUUGACAUAUGCUUUACAAUGAACUGCUGUGUGCUAUUAGUGACUAAGUUAUUGUUGAGUUUUGUUAUUAAUAU